UGCGAAGGGGAAGGAAGACGCUCUUUGCACCAAGAACUUGGUCGCCGGGGAGUCGGUUUACGGAGAGAAGCGAGUCUCUGUUCAGAAUGAGGACGGAACAAAGGUUGAGUACAGGGUCUGGAAUCCAUUCAGAUCGAAGCUUGCGGCUGCCAUUUUGGGUGGCGUCGAUAGAAUUUACAUUGCACCUGGAGCUCGGGUGCUCUAUCUUGGCGCUGCAUCAGGAACUACAGUAUCUCAUGUAUCUGACCUUGUUGGACCUACUGGCAUGGUCUAUGCUGUUGAGUUUUCACAUAGAAGUGGAAGAGACCUUGUUAACAUGGCAAAAAAGCGAACCAAUGUCAUUCCAAUUAUAGAAGAUGCUAGGCAUCCUGCAAAGUAUAGAAUGUUGGUUGGAAUGGUUGAUGUUAUUUUCUCUGAUGUUGCACAGCCAGAUCAGGCUAGGAUUGUAGCUCUGAAUGCUUCAUACUUCCUCAAGAAUGGAGGUCACUUUGUUAUUUCCAUCAAGGCGAAUUGCAUUGACUCGACGGCGUCGGCUGAAGCAGUGUUUGCUCAAGAAGUCAAGAAGUUGCAAGCAGAGCAAUUCAAGCCUGAGGAGCAAGUCACCCUGGAACCUUUCGAGCGGGACCAUGCUUGUGUUGUUGGUGGUUAUCGGAUGCCAAAGAAGCAGAAGGCACCUGCUGCGUAAAAUUAGAGGGUCUCUCAGCUGUAUUUUGACUAUAUGCAGAAACUUUUAAGGAACAAGACUCUUGCUAUGAACAGUAGAUUUUGUAACUUUUGGGUGAAAAACAUGAAUGCUAUUUAUUUGAGAAGUGUUAUUUAGAUGUUUUUGCUUAGUAUUUAUAUAUGUUGCUGUUCCUUUUGCGGUUA